AUGCAGGACCUCCGUCUUGGCUGUGCCUCAACUCCUACAAUCGGAAAGACAGCUGUGGUAGGAUCAACUAAAUGGGUUAAAGACAAGAACCCAGGUAGCCAACGUACUCUUGGAUUCAAGCUCGAAGCCAAUGUACUUUAUGCAAGUAGGGUGAUGGGAACUUUCGGAUACUUGGCUCUCGAGUAUGCUUCAAGUGAAAGCUCUCUGACAAAUUCAGUGCAGAUUAAGAGUCAAGUCCUCCCAAUGUUGGGAAAUUCGAUAUACUUUGAAGAGGAAGGAAAUGCAACGGGACUUUACAUCAUCCAAUACAUAUCUAGCAGCUUCGACUGGGAGUCUGGACAGUUCUUGCUCAAGAAGAAAGUUGCAACUUGCAAGUGA